AUGAUGAAUAAUUUUGCAGACAAGCAGCAGCAAAAUCCUUACGGUGAAGAGAAAAUGUCCAAUCUAACCUCGGUCUCUAAUGAAGCAAUAAGUGUUUCUUCUUCUACUAACAUAAAUGGCGGCGCCGUGUUUUCCACUGCGCAGCAGUACAAUUUCCCACCGCCGGCCGCUUCUCAGCCUCCGCCGGCCAAGAAGAAGAGAAAUCAACCAGGCCAUCCAGACCCAAAUGCAGAAGUCAUAGCCCUUUCCCCAAGAUCCCUCUUAGCCACCAACCGAUUCGUAUGCGAAAUCUGCAGCAAAGGCUUCCAACGCGACCAAAACCUUCAGCUCCACCGGCGAGGCCACAAUCUCCCAUGGAAGCUCAAGCAAAGAUCUCCCAAAGAUAUCGUUCGGAAAAAAGUUUACAUUUGCCCGGAGCCCGGUUGUGUCCACCACGACCCGUCUCGCGCGUUAGGCGACCUCACCGGAAUCAAGAAACACUUUUGCCGGAAGCACGGCGAGAAGAAGUGGAAAUGCGACAAGUGUUCGAAAAAGUACGCCGUCCAAUCAGAUUGGAAAGCGCAUUCCAAGACUUGUGGCACGAGGGAGUAUAGGUGUGAUUGUGGCACUCUUUUCUCAAGAAGAGACAGUUUCAUCACACACAGAGCCUUUUGUGAUGCACUAGCUGAAGAAAAUGCAAGAAUAUCCACAGCAACAAAUCACCCCAAAAACAACAACCAAAUCCAAUCCCAAAUUUUCAACAUCGACCCAUCACUAUUCCCACCCAUCAUCAAAAGAGAGCCGGCCCAACAAACCUUCCCGGGCCUCGUCCGGCCCGUGGCCCCAGACUGGCUCUCCUCCUUCAACUACAACCAGCACCCGCCCGCGGGCAGCGGCCCGUCCGACCUAAUCCUCCUCCAAAACCCUAACCCUAAUUGCCUGCCCGGGCCCCCCACUCCGCCCCAUUUCUCUGCCACGGCCCUUCUGCAGAAGGCCGCCCAGAUGGGCCCGAGGACGAGCUGCGGGCCCAACGGGCCCGGCCAGGAUGGGCUCGGCCCAUUCCACGGGAUGAUGAUGAUGACAGGCAAUAAUAGUAAUAUCAUUCGCGGCGGCGGGCCACCGGCGGUUUCUGCUCCGGAGGAGGGCUUCGAUUUCGAGGCGGCCAUGGAAGAGCUCGGGCGGGCCCGAGAAGAAGGGAUGAUGACGACAAGGGAUUUCUUGGGAUUGAGGGCACUUUCAGAGAGUGAGAUAUUGAGCAUGGCUGGUUUCAUGGACAACAACAACAAUGGGAUUAAUGGUAGUGUUGGGGAGAAAGGGCAAAGUGGACAUUUUUAA